AUGUGGUCGUACUGGCAUGUUGGGAGAGAGUAUAUCAAUGGAACAGACACUGUGAAGAUAUGUGCUUAUGGCUAUACUAUCGAUUUACUAAAUCUUUUGAAAACAAGGCUCCUUUUUGAGGCUGUAAUUUGCACCUCAAGAGACGGAAAAUAUGGAUCUUAUGACUUAGAAACAGGUGAAAGUGAUGGAAUUGUUAGAGAAGUGCUUGAAAACAAAGCCGACAUUGGCAUAGAUCUAACUGAGAACAAAGAGAGAUCCACAGCACUUUGGUUCUCGAACCCUCAUCUCAUUUCUCCAAUUUCCAUAGCCUACAUACAGGGAAACAGUUUUGAUGAAUCGAGUAUUUUUGGUCCUUUCAGUAGAAACCUAUAUAUCGGAAUAAUUGGGAUGAUUGUAGGGCUAGUUGUGUUCGUUUUUGUAAUUGAACGUGUCAGUCCUUACAGUGGAUUUCAAAUUAGACAACGAUCUUUCGUCGACAUGGAAGACUUUGGAGCGUUUGACAGUACAACGUACGUAUGGGGCACCUUAUUUACAGGCGAAAUAAUUGAAAAGAAACCAAAAUCAUCUGGAAGCCGGACAAUGGUACUUGCUUUCUCGUGGGUGUCCGUUGUUAUUCUAUCGGCAUAUUCUGGAAACCUCAUCACCUACUUGGUAGUACUGGAUGAAAGGCCUCCAGUGUCAGGAUUGUUUGACCCAAAGAUAAUCGGAAAAGAAAGUACAAUGAAAAUUGGGACCCAUGUCGGUACAUUUGUUGAUGGAUUGAUCAAGACUCAUUCGGAUACCAGAGUUAGAAACCUUUAUGGAAGACUGACGCACUGCAUAAGUCUCGAUGAAUGUGUGCUGAAAUUAAAGAAAAGGGAAAUUGACUUACUUAUGUCUGAAGGCCCAACUUUGAGAUACUAUGCAUCGAUUGAUCGCAGCUGCUCUUUGAGAGUCAUGGACCUGAAAGAACGAGAUCGUGCGAUGGGAAUUGUUGCACGCAAAAACUGGUCAUGGAGAAGAAGGAUCAACACAGCUAUCAAUCAUAUAGUUGCAUCCGGAAAUGCUGACUACCUUCAUGCCAAAUGGCUGGGAAAACUUCCUUGCAAAAGAACAAACACUUUCUUUAGCCUUGAUAUCAUGAGACUAAAGGUUCUGUUCGUCUUGCUUGCAGGCUUUAUGGCUGGGUGUAUUUUUGUAAGCUUAACUUUGAGAAUUGUCAGCAAGUUUUACACGAAGAAGAAAAAUGACACAGAUGAAGAAAAUGAUUGA